CGCAAAUUGAAAAUGUCAAUGGUACCAGAACUCACCGAAAAUCAACAACAAAUAGUUGCUGAGUUCCGUAAAAAAGUCAGCGAUUGCUUGACCGACAAUGAAGUCCACGAUGAUUACUUUCUAUUGCGUUGGCUGCGUGCCAGAAAAUGGGACAUGGAUGCUGCGGAGAAAAUGUUGAGAAAUGCCAUGAAAAAUCGCAUCUCAAUUAAUAUUGACAGCUUGGACAAAUGGGAAGCUCCAGAAGUUCUGAGAAAAUAUUUACCCUAUGGUGUUGUGGGUUAUGAUAAAGAAGGAUCACCAAUCAUUGUCUGCCCCUUCUAUCAAUUUGAUAUCUAUGGCAUGCUGCACUGUGUCACACGUUUCGAUUUCAUUCGUUACGUGGUAAAAAUCUUAGAAGGUGUCAUGAAGCAAGGUUUCGAAAAGAGUAAAACUCACGGUCCCAAAGCUCGCCAAGUUGUGGUGAUUUUCGAUGUUGCCGAUUUCAAUAUGACUCAGUAUGCAUGGCGCCCGGCUGUUGAAUUGGUCAUGGCCAUGAUCAAGGAAUAUGAACAAAAUUAUCCAGAAAUUUUGAAAAUGUGCUACAUUAUUAAUGCACCCAAAGUUUUCCAUUUUGCAUUCAAUUUUGUUAAGAAAUUAUUGGAUGAAUAUACCAUGAGUAAAAUUAGCAUUACCAAAUAUGGUUCAGACAAAUGGAAGGAGUCUGCCUUCACUCAUAUCGAUCCCGAUAUUCUACCCAAAGCCUUCGGUGGUAAUUUAGUGGAAAAUGGUGAUGAAAGAUGUCCCAGUAAAGUUGUCUGGGGUGGUAAAAUUCCCAAGGAAUUGUAUGUGGAACAGAAAGAUGAUGAUGACAAGAGUUUCAUUGAGGCCAUUGUCAACAAAGGUAACAAAUUGAAAUUGGAAUUUGAUGUUGGCACCAAAAAACCUACCGAGGAAGAUAAAUUAUUAUCCUGGGAUUUCCGCACCAUUGAUCAUGACAUUAAAUUUGGUAUCUACAGCGUAGAUAAUGCCACCGGUGAAAAGCGUAGCGAAGUGCCAUUGACAAAAGUCUAUUCAAAUGAAAUGAAUGAAGUUGGUUUUAUUACCACCAGACCCAAUACCAAAUACACCGUGGUCUUUGACAACUCGGGUAGUUAUCUGCGCAGCAAGAAACUACGUUAUUGGGUCUCAUUGAUAUCGGAAAACGACGAUAUGUUAACAUUGCAAUCACAAGUGGGACAAACUGAACUUGUCCCUGCCGACGAUAACUGAAU